UACCUUCUUCACUCAGUUACACGUAUAUUCCCCUCUUCCUCAAAAAGUUGUCGCCAUUUUUAGACAACAUAUCAAAUGUUGUCUUUUUUUCUUUGCUCAAUUACUCCACAAAGCAGCAAUAUACUCUAACAAACAUGCUCAACUCAACUAAUCAUCGCUUGUUGUUUCUUUUGUUUCUCUUGUUCUUGAUUUCAGCUGAGUCCUCUGUUCAUGGUAGAAGCUUCAAGAGACCUGAUCCUUUACUACAUUUUAAAGACUAUAAUGGCGAUUUCGAUGUUCGAAACAAACAUUACUUAGCUUCUGCGGCAUUUACAGGAGUUCAUGGAUAUGCAUUUGCUGGAGUUUGGUUGAUAUGUGGAUUGGUUUUGGGAAUUUCUAUGAUUGUGAAGUGUCUAAGUGGUGGUUCUCUUUCAUUACCAUGCUUGGAUCAUUACUAUCUCCAUAUUUUCUUCAUGCUUUUCGUGCUCACAUCGCUUGCCAUAGUUGCCUCAAGUUUUGUACUUGCCACAAGUCAGAAGACCCUAAGGAGGACAGAAAAAUUGAAAGAAACUGUGGUGGGAAUAGGAGAAGAAGCUCUUGAAGCCAUAGGCAGAGUAAUGAGAACAACUAAACAAAUGCAAUAUCUUCUUCUUCCUUAUAAUCCACAAAUAUCCGAGAGCUUGAAUUCGACUACCAAAGAUCUCAGAACAAACUCGCGUGUGAUUCGUCGUUUUAUUGACAGAAGUGAACAAUCAUUCAACAAGGCCACUCAUACGUCGCAUACUGCACAUAUUGUUGUUCUAACAGUAAACUUAGUUACACUGGUUGCAGGACUAGUUCUAAUGCUACUGUAUUGGCGUCCCGGAUUUAUAAUCAUAAUUCUAUGCCUUUGGAUCUUGACAAGCCUAUGCUGGUUCUUAACCGGUUUUGAUUAUUUCCUUCACACUUUUGCAAAUGAUGCAUGUUCUGCCUUUGAGGAUUUUGAGAAAAAUCCACAAAACAGUAGCUUGGGUUCGAUGUUACCAUGCGUUAACGACUCAUUCUCAGAUAAAUUGAUAGCUCAAAUUGGCAGUACCAUCCACGGUUUCAUAAUUGAGUUGAAUUCUAAUGUAUCAGUGAUGUAUGAGCUCCUAGGAAUAGAUGAAGAAAAUGAAGAUUUAAUAGGAGUCAUGAAAAUUUGUAACCCUUUCUCAGGAGCACCAAAUUACACCUACAUUCCUCAGAAUUGCCCUCAUGAUACCAUUCGGAUCGGCGAUUUACCAAAAAUUCUUGCAAGGUUUACAUGUAGCAAAGAAGAUACAUUAGAGAAAUGCAGAAAAAGUGGAAGAUUUGUUCCAAGAGGGUCAUACAACAUGGCUCAUGCAUAUAGUAGAUCAAUCCAAGAUAUGCUUGAUAUAUAUCCAGAUUUACAAAGACUAUCAAAAUGCACUAUUGUGAAGAACAAAGCUUCUGAAAUUGUGUUGCAUCAAUGCAAACCAAUAAGAAAUUCAACAAAAUUGUUGUGGGCAUCUAUGAUGUCUCUUUCAAUUAUUAUGGUAAUCUUGGUAUUUAUGUGGGUGGUAGAGACUCUUCUAUGUUGGGGAAAACCUCUUUCUGCAUGGUUUAGGAUUCACACAUCUAGAUAGAAAAAUUUAUUUGUAAAGAAAUUUUUAAGAUACAAAUUUAAAUUAAAGGUAGUAUAAUAGUGUAAUUACUAUUAGAUGAGGGUGUGAUACUUUUUUGUUUGUUAGUUUUUCCAUUAGAGAAAAUAACAAUUAAUGCAACUCGUAAGACAAUUGGUUGGAGAAUAAUGUAAAAAUUUCAAAUAAUUUCUUUUUGAGGUGUGAA